CACUCAGCAGCACCUCCCAGGGAAUGGUUAUCCCCUAACGUGGGAAUGGGGAUCCCCUCAGCAACAGCAUCCGGGAAUGGGGAUCCCCACAGCAGCACCUCCCAGGGAAUGGUUAUCCUCUAACGUGGGAACAGGGAUCCCCUCAGCAACAGCAUCCGGGAAUGGGGAUCCUCACAGCAGCACCUCCCAGGGAAUGGUUAUCCCCUAACGUGGGAAUGGGGAUCCCCUCAGCAACAGCAUCCGGGAACGGGGAUCCCCACAGCAGCACCUCCCAGGAAAUGGUUAUCCUCUAACGUGGGAAUGGGGAUCCCCUCAGCAACAGCACCUGGGAAUGGGGAUCCCCACAGCAGCACCUCCCAGGGAAUGGUUAUCCCCUAACGUGGGAAUGGGGAUCCCCUCAGCAACAGCAUCCGGGAACAGGGAUCCCCACAGCAGCACCUCCCAGGGAAUGGUUAUCCUCUAACAUGGGAAUGGGGAUCCCCUCAGCAACAGUAUCCGGGAACGGGGAUCCCCUCAGUAGCACCACCCAGGGAAUGGUUAUCCCCUAACAUGGGAAUGGGGAUCCCCUCAGCAACAGCACCUGGGAAUGGGGAUCCUCACAGCAGCACCUCCCAGGAAAUGGUUAUCCCCUAACCUGGGAAUGGGGAUCCCCUCAGCAACAGCACCUGGGAAUGGGGCUCCCCACAGCAGCACCUCCCAGGGAAUGGUUAUCCCCUAACAUGAAGGAUCUAUUUACUGUAGGAGUUCCUGGGUCUCUCCAUCUACUGUGACUACUGUGUAGGGCACCUGUGUUGUCAUCACACCAGGGAAGGCAGAAAGAUGCCAGUAUAUAUCCGGAAACAUCCCCUGGAGAUCCCUCCACCUUCUGAAAAGGACUGGAUUAAGAAGGAUGAGGAAGAAAAUUUCUUCCUGCAGGAUCCCGAUCAAAUCUUUGAUUCGUUGCCUCAGCCCUUCCGGAUGAUCAAUAAACUGGUGACUCUAGUAUUCGAGCAGGCCUGGGAAAUCAUUGAGAAGAGGGAGGCACUCAGAGAGGCACAGAUACAGAAGGUCAAGCCCACGUUGUACCUGCCCACAGCUGAAUUCCAGGUGAUGGGAAGAGCCAACUGCCUUGCAGCCUCCGGACAGCAUGUCUUUGUUGGGCUUUCCUCAGGGCUUGCGGUUUUCAACACGCCCAGCUGUAAACGGAUCUGUGCUUGGGAGUCAACCAAGCUAGAGAUUUGUGCCAUCCGUGCCUCCAACCUUGGCAAUGAGACCCACCUUCUCGUUACUGUGGAUGACAUGGGACUUGCCCGACUCUUUUAUUUUUACAGGGACAGCCUGCUGCUCAUCAAAGUCCUAAACGAAGUGGAAGAGAUCAGCAAGAGAAACACCUGUGUGGAGGCGGAGCUCUCCCAGGGGGGCGAUUAUGCAGGCAUCCUGCUGCAAGGCAGCACAGAAGCUUGGCUGGAGAUCUACCGAUUGCCUAAGGAGUCCUGGCUGAAGGAGACAGACCAUUCCCAGGCAGCUGCAGCAGUGUCAUCUUUCAGGGAGAGGCGGCUCAGCCAGGCGUCUACGAAAAGUCUGGACCUGCCGGGAGAGGGCUCUGCAGAAACGGAAUCACCCAUGUCUGCCAACAGAGUUGAAACUAAGCUGAGUCUCCCAGUGCUGCUGCUGAAGGUCAGGUCGCCCAAACCUCUGACAGGAAGCACUUUUAAAAGCCCUUUAGAGGCCCUGAUGAAGAUUGAUGAUGGCAGUGUGAUCGGCUUGGGGCAGAAUCACAUGAUCAAAGACUACCAAUGGGAACAGCAGGAUGCAAUCUUUCGCAGCACCUUCGAAAAGCAUCUGGAGAGAGAAAGUGAGCCUGACAGCAAGGAGGAGAAACCCAGCCACGCUGUGUUUCAUUUUCUCCUACCCAGCCGGAUACUGCAGAUUGGACCCGAAAUCAAAGCACAGCCAGACGUGCCCACUGGCAUCAGUGUGCAUUGGAAUGGAAGCCACAAUCUCUGCCUGUAUUUACUCACCCGGCCAUCAAAGGAGAAAACGGAUGCUGAGCUAAAACCUGACACUGUCUGGCCAUGUGCCGCUCCAAUCACCUGCUCAGCUGUCACCUCCUGCUCCUCUUACAUGGCUCUGGCAUGUGAAGAUGGGAUGAUAACGGUGUGGGACAGAUGUCUAGGAUUCCCACUAGCUGUGACUGCCCUUCCAGAGGGAUGUCUCAGCCGCACCAUCCACUUCCUGCAGACAUCUGCAGCUCCAAGGGACCAGCUGCCUAGGCCCAAAGUGCAGCUUCUGGUGCUGUGUACGGAUGGGUCUCUCCACCUGGUUACAGUGUCAGGGCCCAGAGAGUCCAGGACCGUGCUCCUGGCAGACAGGUCCGAGGACCCAGAUCAGACCAUCAGCGCAGUAGCACCGAUUCCAGCCUUUCCUGGUGCAGUGCUGGUGUUCUCCUGGGAUGGCACAGUGUGCCUCACAGACACUGCCACGCCACAGACUGUUUGCCACUUCAUCACCCCACCCUCUCACACAGUCGCAUCCCCCUGGCAACCGGUGUUUACCGUGGAUACCACUAACCAAUGCCUGCUCCUCCGAGGGGAUGAACAGCAGCAGCAGGCUAGUCUGCCGACACAGACCAAGGGCAAUCAAAGCUCCAUCUUCCUUUUUCAUUUUGAUUCCUACCAGUCCAUGAAGGUUUUCCCAGCAGUACCGGAGCCUCCUCCUGACUCCUUGCAGCACCUGCCAUGGGACGAGAGAUGUGACAUUUUCCUCUGUGACAGGCUGCAGCGCCUGCCAGGCCUCAGCCAGCAGGUGCCCAAGUGCUGGAGCCAGCUGCGGAAGCAUGCAGCCGCCCUGCAGAGGGAGAGCCGGAAGAAGUGAUGGGGGCAGGAGGAGCUAUAGUUCGGAUCAACCUCGCAGCCCUGGGUUGGCACUAGGCCCACAAGCCUGGCCUAGCCCUGGCAUUUUAACUGACUCAUCUCCACCUCAAGGCAGCUCAUCCCACUGAUUGACUUCCCCCACCUCUAACCCAAGCCCACUGAUCAGCCCAUGCCAGCAGGGAGCAGCUCCUCCUCCCCUCAUUCAUCAAGGAUACUUGCGCCAUGCUGGGGCAUUCUGAUAGCAGUGUCUGCUCAUUACAGAGAGGGACCCAGAAGCUCAAGCAGUUCAGCUAGAGAACGUGCAGCGCAGCUUUGAGUCCCCCAUGGACAUGGAAAGUCUGAGCCUAAGCAGAAGCUUCGUGAAUGCAGUUAGAUCCGUGUCUCUCCCUUUCAGUAAAGGCCUUCACACUGUC